CGGAAGUGCUCGCGUAAAUGUUACUUAACCGUAAAGCUGUUACGUAGUGCUUGUAUUUGUUAUCUGCGUUAUCUGGUCGUUAUAACACGACUGUGUGUGGCGGAUAAAUAAACACGGUGCUGUUUUUUGUAUAUAACUCUAAUCGACAGACAGUUUUGAGUCAAGAUGCUUAAAGCCAUGGGCCAAAUUUUAUUUUCUUCUGGAUUACAGAACCCAAAGUUCACUCCACAAGAAAGCAAGGGAGACUAUGAGAUCCGGACUUACCACGCAACAAAGUGGGUUAGCACAGCUGUCAAUGGCAUGGAGCAAGACCCAGCCUUUAGCACAGGCUUCAGGAGACUCUUCAAAUACAUCCAGGGAACAAAUGAAAAAAAGUGUAGCGUGGAGAUGACUGCACCCGUGAGCUGUAAGAUUGAACCUGGGGCUGGACCUGCUUGUGAGAGCACCUUCACUGUGUCCUUCUACAUACCUGAGGAACAUCAGACUGACCCACCUACACCUUCUGAUGCAGAUGUUUUCAUUGAGAACAGACCAGAAUUCACUGCAUUUGUAAGGACCUACGGAGGCUUCGCUAACAGCGUGAACAGCCACGAGGAGCUCCAGAAACUGAUUGAGAGCCUCAAUAAAGAUGGAAUGAAAUUUAAGGAGGCCCCAUAUUACAGGGCAGGGUAUGAUAGCCCCUUUAAACUGACCAAUCGCAAGAAUGAGGUGUGGCUCAUCAAAGAUGAAGAGUAAAAAGCACUAGGGUAAAAAAAUGCACUACGUCUCAGGUGAUCAAAAAGAAGGUCAAAUUUAUUACAAAUGUAACAACAGUUAAUGUGUAGAUGCUUUUUAUUGUUAUCACAAGUGCCUUAGAUAUUCUGUCAUAAUGGUAUAUACUCUUGUCUAUUUUACCAUUUACAUUUAUUUCAAUGCUUUGUGUCACUUACAAUCAACAGUAAAAUCAUACUAAGAGCAUGUUGGAAUAACUGCACAGAAGUUUGGAUUUUGACACUAACUUUGAGGAACACGUUUUGCAAGGCGACUGACCUCUUUUUAAUACCGUGAAAUCUGUUUUUGAGCCAUUUAUAUUGCACUAAAUCUAAACAUUUAUGGGAACAAUGUUCUGGUCAUGGUUUGAUCUUAAGAACUGCACAAUGUUAACUAUCUAAUUUUGUUAUAUUUACUCACCCAUGCAUUUAAUGUACAAUGUAAUUUGGUCUAAAAGUAAAGGAUUUUACUUAC